AUGAGCGCCAACAGCAGCACUCUUCUGGACCGGAUCAUUUUCCACCCAACUUUGUGCGACUAUUGGAAGCUCUUUUCCGAAGGAGCAGCCUACCACCUGGCCGGCUGCAUCCUCCUCCUGGGAUUUAUGGGAGGCAGCGGCACCUUUGGGGCCAUUUACAUCUUUGGCUUCUUGGCCGCCGGGUUCCUCUGCAUGGCUCUCUGGGGGUGGCUGGAUGCGUGCGGGGUGGACAUCUUCACCUGGAACUUGCUCCUGGUGCUGAUCUGUGCGCUUCAGCUGGCGCACCUCAUCUACCAGCUCCGGAAGGACACGGUGUCCGAAGAGUUUGAGAAGCUCUACAAGCAAGUGUGCCAGCCCCUCCAGGUGCCCCUUCAAGUGUACAAGGAAAUAGUCAAGUGUUGCGAGGAGCGGGUGCUGCCCUUGGCCAGAGACCAGACCUACGCUGUGGAGGGCAAGACGGCCAUCGAUCGCCUGUCCCUUUUGCUGUCGGGCAGGAUCCGAGUAAGCCAGGAUGGGCAGUUUCUGCACUACGUCUUCCCCUAUCAGUUCCUGGAUUCUCCGGAGUGGGAAUCGCUGCGGCCGUCUGAAGAAGGAACGUUUCAGGUCACUCUGACAGCUGAGACAGACUGCAGCUUCAUCACCUGGCCACGGAGGCAGCUCUACUCGUUGCUGGCCAAAGAGCGUUACAUCGCCCGUCUCUUCUCCGUCCUCCUCGGCUACGACAUCUCCGAGAAGCUGUACGCCUUGAACGAAAAGCUUUUUGCCAAGUUCGGCCUUCGCUUCGACAUCCGUCUGCCCAGCCUCUACCAUGUCCUGGGGCCUGCCUCUUCAGAUGCUGAGGUGGAGCAAGAGCUGGCUGAGCCUGAGGAACCGCCCGUGCCCUUACGCCCGCCGACCUUUGUCCAGACAGCUCCCCCAGCCUCUCGCGCACCUCUUCCCACUGCCCCCCCGGCCCCUGUCAGGAUACCUCGGCCUGACAGUGACCUGUCUGGUGAGGACUCUACCAGUCUUGUACUGGAAGAUUUUGCUGAAAUGACAGGGUCCUUUAUGGACUAUGUGAGCGAAGGGGAGUAUAUGAAGUGAGGGCACUUCUAACAUGGGCACACGACACCCUGUGUAAGUAAGUAACCUCUGGAAGCCUCCCGAGAAAUAAUCGCCAGGCCCUCGCAAAAGGGCGAGCCCCGCUGGCUCCCACUCAGACCCCAGAACUCUAGGGAGAAACCAUUUGGGACUGCAAAGGCCGCCCCCGCAUGACCAAUCACCCAUGUCUGAUCUGAACAGUGUUCAUUAUUUGUGUGUCAGUGUGUGUACUUCACAGACACCUGCAUUACACUCUCGAAGCACCUGCAUGAGACUGGCGUGUGUUGGUAGGACACCUUCC